AUGUCAUCCGACGACGCGUACGCCGCCUUCCUCGAGAAGGCGAACCAGGAUCCUUCUUCGGGGCGGGCGCAGGCUACUUCUGGUGGAUCGAGCGCGAAGAAGCUCAAGACCGCGGAUAAGGGGGAGGAGGUUCCCGCGGCAAUUAGGAGGGUUACGAAGGAUAGGUUUUACGUGAGUGAUGCGGAUGAGCCGUUUGAGGCUGUUUGUUUGAGGUGGGAUGAGGGUGGUAAUGAGCUGCCGGAUGAAGUGGAAUUCGCCAAGCUGGUCGAGCACUGGGACCCAGCCAACGCAGACGUCGAGAUCCAAGACCCGUCGGACUGGAAUAGAAGCGGGGAGUACGGCGACAUUGUGGACGCGGUUACGGAGGCGGUCAAGGGAGCGGAUGUGAGGGUGUACAAGGUCAGCAAGGAUGCGACGCGGGUAGAGUACUUUGUCGUCGGGUGCGAGGGUAGCGGGAAGGAUGCGAGGCUUGUGGGCGUGAGGGCUUUGUCUAUUGAGAGCUAG